AUGCACUCGGGCCAUCCUCUCAAACCGAACUUUGUUGGCAGGGAUGCUGACGGAAAUGUUACGGUUGAUGGCAGAUCAUAUCCCAUGGCGGAAAGUGUUGUCGCCACGGAGAGCACAAUUCACCGAAGCAUGAAGGAAAUGGCACAGACGCUUGCCAACGCUUACAAGACACUUAAGCACCGCGAUACCCACAAUAAGGGUAAUAGCGCAUUGGCCCCAAUCACCGAUGAAAAUCCACUAAUUAUUAUUUCUGUCCUGAAGGGCAGUUAUAUUUUCACGGCAGACAUGGUUCGUUACCUUGGAGACUGUGGGCUACCUAACGUUGUGGACUUUAUACGCAUUACUUCAUACAGGGGAACCACGAAAAGCAGUGGCACCGUGCAGGUGCUGGAUAACCUGCGCUUCACUGAAUUAACGGGGAAACAUGUACUUAUUAUGGAAGACAUUGCCGACACGGGGCGUACAAUGAAGCUUUUGGUGGAGAAGAUCCGCCGGGAGUACCGACCUGCCAGUUUGAAGGUGUGCGUACUUGUGGACAAGCCCGGUGGUCGCGUUGUGGACUUUAAGCCCGAAUUUGUUUGCCUGACUGCACCAACUAGAUACGUGGUUGGUUACGGCUUCGAGGUGAAUGACAGGUACAGGAACUACCGUCACGUCUUUGUUUUAAAACCGGAGUAUGCGAAACGGUACCCGAGCAAAUUGUAA